UUUAAAAGCUUGAUGUUCCAGAAGCACUCAGGCUCACAGGCUGAUAAAGAAACUCAACUACAGGAAUGAAGAGUGAAAAACUGUGGCAGCAUCUACAGCCAGGAACCUCCGAAAUCGACUGGUGCGAGGGCAACUAUGAAAUCCACCCCAGCAUUGCGGAAUUCUACAACACGGUCAGCAAUGUGCUGUUUUUUAUUUUGCCUCCUAUUCUGAUGUAUUUAUUCCACCAAUAUGCAACUUAUCAUAACCGUGGAAUUUAUCUCAUAUGGAGUCUGCUCAUCGUGGUCGGUGCUGGCUCGGCGUAUUUCCACGCUACGCUCAGUUUUCUAGGUCAGAUGCUGGAUGAACUGGCGAUCCUCUGGGUGUUGAUGUGUGCCCUCGCAAUGUGGUUCCCUAAACGAUACCUGCCCGAGAUGUUCCACCAGGACAGAUCACACUUUAAGCUGGCGGUUGGCAUGCUGGCUGGCGUUACUACCUGCUUGGCGUUUGUGAAGCCGGUGCUGAACUCAGUCUCUUUGAUGACUUUGGGGAUUCCCUGUACGGUUCUGCUCAUUACUGAGCUCAGGAGAUGUGAAAAUGAUCGUGUAUUUAAACUGGGUCUAAUCGCAGCACUGUGGUGGAUCGUGGCUCUGCUGUGCUGGAUCAGUGACAGGAUCUUCUGUGAGCUGUGGUCCAACAUUAACUUCCCGUAUCUGCAUGGUAUCUGGCACAUGCUGAUCUGUAUUGCCUCGUACCUGGGCUGUGUGUGUUUUGCUUACUUGGAUGUCGUCACUGAGGCUCCAGAGAGAGCGCCGGUCCUUCUGUUCUGGCCCAGUGAACGUUGGGCCUUUAUCGGCGUACCCUACAUCACACUGCUCCAUACACACCACAAAUCCCCCUUAAAGAUUAUGUAAAGGGUCAGGAAGAGGAUGAGGAUGAAUGUAACACCAUGGAGGACAUUACAAGCUGAAAUAUAUUUAUAUAAAGAACCGUGAUUGACAUUC